AAAAAAAGGACUCGACUUCCUAACGGCGAAACACGGCACUUCGGAAGAAGAUACUAGUACCUUUGGCACUGUAUCGCAAGGCGCGGCAGGUACAGCGCUCCUUAGUUCGACUGAAGAGGCAGCUAGGGCGCAACAUACCUUCAAAUCGAACCAUGAUGUGAUAGAUGGGUUUUCGAGACCCGAGAGGAAAAUUAAAGUGAACGGUGUAGAUGAACGCGCUACAGCGCAAGACGAUCAAUCGUACCUUCAGAAGGACUCACUCUGUGCUGUCAGGAUGAGUGAAGACGAAGAAAGAGGAGGCCCAUGGCGAACUCGCUCAGGAGCGCGUGUUCGUCAAAGCCACCGCUCUCUUGGCGGGUCGAAAAGCUCUUCCAAGGUCAUUCUCCUCGACACCACCCUCUGUCAGCGCGGACGUACGUCUUCAUUCCAGGCUCAUGUCGACCUAUCCCUCCCUUCGAGUUUCCAGCGAAGCACCUAACGAAAGCUGGCGCCAGAUUCCUCGACUGGAUUCAUAUUUUCUGGAAAGACCAGCUGAGAACUGGCAUCCCGAAGACUUCGAACGCAACACGACCCAUACGGAUCUCAAUGUCUUUCUUCGCGACCUUGCACGCAUCUCCCGUUGUCGUCUCGCCUCAGUGUCAACCUAUGCGGGAGAUAUCUUGAGUUACCUUUCAACAACAGCUGGAGAGGAGCUCAAGAAGAAGGUACAAGAGAAGUUGGAGUUUCGCAAGAUGGCAUACUUGAAUCAGCUGUCCUACUCCAAACUCCAGGUGCAAUAUUCGACAGAGAGUUACCUGGAUGUUCUCAACGAGUCAAAGCGAAAGCGCUUCUUGGAUAGUGCAAACGGAUCAUUGUCAGCAUCCACGACCUCAACUCCGGUGCCCUUGAAGCGUGGACGCAUAAGCCGGAGGAAGACGACCUUGGUCGCUGUACCUGCCUCCGUGCCCAUGGCGCCCGAUACUGUCCCCACCUUUGAUCCGUCUGCAUCCAGUUCGUCACGACCACGAAUAGAUUGCCCGUGGCAUGAUCUUGUGCAAGCUGCUCUCUCUCUGUAUGAAGGAGUGAACGUUGAGCUCCCGUCUGAACAAAGUGGAGCCGCAGAACAGGAUCCUGAAAAAAGGACGCUCUACAAGCUGGCUCUAGGACACCUCCAGAAUGCACAGGCAGAGAUGCAGCAGCCCAAGUUCGACAGAACAAGCUGUAUUGACUUUAAGGAUGCCUUUAUAGCGCUCUCGGGAGUCUGGAACGUGUUUUCAAAGGAGGCGAACAUGGCUUUCCAAAGUGCUGAUCGUCAAGAGGUUGAAGAACUAUGCAAAAUGGGCGAGCUCGAGCACAAAGACGCGGAUGUCACGGAGAUCUUGAACACAUUGGCAGACAAGUCUCGAAAGGCCCCUCUCACAGACGUCGUGGACGAGCUCUGCACCCUCCUAUCGACUAAGCCAGAGCGUCGUCCGCUUCUAAUGGUUCUUCUCGCAAUUCUUCGGCACGUAAUUCGCCCUCAUCAUGGCAGCAUAGCGCCCUCGGAAGCAGAUUCGUUGUAUCUGUGGGCAAGGAUCUUUGACGAUGGUAUGCCGCUGAACACCCCUUUUUCCUUUCAUCUCGGCGAGCAGGGCUGUGCAGCGACUGCGUUGUCGAAGUCGCAGCUCGCUAAGGUCUUCGACACUGGAUUCACGGCCCGAAAGUGCGACUGUCUGUUCACUGUGAAGGGGCUUGAGGUGGGCAACGUCGAGGCAAAGCGUAUCUCAGCACCCAAGCUUGAGGUGGCGUUUCAAUUACGCAAAAACAUCAAAAUUAAUAAGUCCAUCCUACUUCAGCUGGAGAAGUAUGGAGUUGAGUGCCCCCCUCUUUUGUCACUUCAUGGCAAUACCGCCGUUGUCUUUCGUGUCCGUCGAUGGAAACGUAUCUUCGUGGCAUCAAAGGCAUGUCCCACCUUGGUCUUGCCCACGACAGGUGAUGAAUGGCCUUUGUUUUUGAGCCGGCAUGCACAUGUGCUCAGUAAUCUUCUGGAGCAUUAUCAUACUUUCUCGAGGAGUUGUGCGGAGAGCUACAGCCUUGUCCAGUACGAAGAGCAAGCGGCAGCGGAGGAUGAGCUCGUGUCUCUUACGCGUGAAGAACAGGCCACGCUCUUGGAGUGGGAACACGUCGUCCUCCACACGCCCACGAAGCCCAAGCUGACCAAGAAGAUAUCAUACAAGGCGCCUGACACCGCGCUGUUCUGGAGGAGAAUCGAGGAGGCCGCCAAAGAUCGCGAGGAUGAGGACGGUCGAGCGAGCAAGUAAAGCUUCAUGGAUGUUGAAUGCCGUCCUCACCUAUUCAGGACUCAGUGUUAUUGGGUUUUCGUUCUGUGCGUCCUUUGUUUGAUUGAGCUUCCGCAUUCAGAGUCUUCAUUCGUCAACAAGGUCAGAGGAAUCGAAGACCACAGAGAUAAAGAGCAAGAAAGGACUUGACUUUCUGAGAGCAUGUGCAGUUUAUGAGGAACAGACACUCGUACCGUUAGCAUAGUAUUGCAGGUAUGGCGGAUACAGCGGUUCUCAGCUCAAAUAAAACAGCUAAAGCACAACUGCCUUCAAUUUGAACAAUGACGUGGAAGGUUGGUUACUUUGGCUCAA